AUGCUCACCAUCCUCUAUCUUCUUGCCUUCAUGGACAGAGGCAACAUUGGAAAUGCCAAGAUCGCCGGCAUGGUUAAGAAACUCAAGACGACCGGAAAGCAGUAUAACAUGGCCUUGACUGUGUUCUUCUUCCCCUACGCGACGCUCGAAGUUCCCAAACGUCAUCCUGAAGCUCAUGAAGCCAUCUUCAUGAUUCUCAUGAUCUUGUGGGGAGUUGUCAUGACUUGUCAAGGGAUUGUCAAGACCUACGAUCAACUACUCGUCACUCGUAUCCUGCUAGGAGUCACCGAGUCGGGCUUCUUCCCAGCUGCAUCAUAUCUGCCCACGACAUGGUGUUGUCGCUUUGAAGUCCAGAUACGACUCGCUUGCUUCUUCAGCGCAGCAUCGCUCGCUGGAGCUUUCAGUGGUCUUCUCGCUUUUGGUACCGAGUUCAUGGAUGGCAUUGGCGGUCUUGAGGGCUGGCGGUGGAUCUUCAUCCUCGAAGGCAUCAUUACUGUUUUGAUCGGUUGCACACUACACUGGACACUGCCCGACUCUCCCGCCACUGCGUCCUUUUUGACUAUCGAGGAAAAGGCCGUGAUCGAGCGUCGCGUGAUGCAGGAUACUGGAUCACGAGCUGGUCGCAACAAUACCCACGACGGCUUCCAGUGGCGAUACCUCAAAGACGCUCUGACUGAAUGGAAGAUCUAUGUCGCGGUCGUUAUCUACUUGGGCCAACAGUAUCUGUCUCUAUGGCUUCACCUUCUCGGCACCUUCGAUCAUUCAGGAGCUUGGGUACAAGACCUGACAGGCUCAGCUUCUCACCGUGCCAAUCUAUCUGCUUGGUGCGGCCUCAACGGUCUUCUUUAG